UGAGAACAGAUACUACGUUUGAUCAUGGACCUGAUCUCUUUUCUAAAAGUACCAUAGUGUUCAUCUCUCUUCUGAAUGCGGUUAUGGUUUGAGAACAGAUACUACGUUUGAUCAUGGACCUGAUCUCAUUUCUAAAAGUACCAUAGUGUUCCUCUCUUUUCUGAAUGCGCUUAUGGUUUGAGAACAGAUACUACUUCUGAUCUUUUGCCACAAGCUACCACGACGAAGCCAUCUCAAUCUUGGCCGUUAAAUGAGUGUGACCAGAAAAACCAAAUCAGACAUCUUAUCGUUUUUUAAGCUGCUGACACCAAGCAUACGUUUCCUCCCCCUCUCACUCUCAAAAGAGGGAAGAUUUUUUUUAAGUGUUCAGGCAAGGUUCCCUCUUCGUUGGGAGAGCGAGAGAGAGGAGUUACCGUCGCCGUGCACGAGAAGAUGACUUCCUUUUCAUCUGUUCAAAGUCGCUUAUUAUCUUCUUUCGUUAGCGAUUGCUGCCUCCCUUCUACCCAUCAUUUGCACAUGCUCUUCGGCUGCAACCCAGGGAGUAGGCAUGUACAGAUGCGGCUGUCGAGAUCAUUAUCUGGGAUCACAAAUCUCUUGUUCAAUAAAAGAACCUCUAAUGAUAUAUCCAGCAACAAACGCAAAGCUUUGAAGCCUGGAAGAGUUUCCCCUCGUUUACCUGUGCCUGAUCAUAUAAGAAGGCCCCCUUAUGUGAACACAAGGCAGUCUCCUGGGAUAGCAAGUGGACCAGAAGUGCAUGACGAAAAGGGAAUAGAGAAAAUGAGAGCAUCUGGAAGGCUUGCGGCUCAGGUUUUAGAGUAUGCUGGUACCCUAGUCAAGCCAGGAAUAACAACUGAUGAAAUCGAUAAAGCAGUGCAUCAAAUGAUAAUCGAAAAUGGUGCAUACCCAUCCCCUCUAGGUUAUGGUGGCUUCCCAAAGAGUGUCUGCACAUCUGUAAAUGAGUGCAUCUGCCAUGGAAUUCCAGAUUCUCGUCCACUUGAGGAUGGCGACAUAAUCAACAUUGAUGUCACGGUCUAUUUGGAUGGUUACCAUGGUGAUACAUCUGCAACUUUCUUUUGUGGCAAUGUCAACAAUGAUGCAAAACAACUCAUUCAGGUGACCAAAGAGUGCAUGUACAAGGCAAUAUCAAUUUGUGCAGCUGGAGUUGAGCUGAAGAAAAUAGGGCGGACAAUACAGGACCACGCAGACAAAUUCCAGUAUGGUGUUGUUAGACAGUUUGUGGGUCACGGAAUUGGACAAGUUUUCCAUGCAGACCCCGUGAUUCUUCAUCAUAGAAAUAAUGACCGUGGGCGCAUGAUCUUAGGUCAAACCUUCACGAUUGAGCCAAUGCUAACCAUUGGUAGCAUCAACCCUGUAAUGUGGAGUGAUAACUGGACUGUUGUUACGGAAGAUGGCAGUUUGUCUGCGCAGUUUGAACACACAAUACUUAUUACAGAAAAUGGUGCUGAGAUAUUAACCCAGUGUUGACAGCUGUGAGAAAGCUCAUUGGAUAAGCAGCUUUCAUUCUUUAUGAUUAAUUGCUUAAAUUUGGAUUUGUUAUCAUGUUUGUAAUUCAAUCUCUUCGUUCAUAGUAGAAAUGCAUCUCCUGCAAGGAAAGCUGGGAGGCCUGCUUAAAACUAGCAUAGCUUCAUUAGAGUUUCAGAUUGAUACUCCAUAAACUUCCAACUAUUUUCAUUGGUUUCACCGUCUCUGUGCACCUUUAUUCAUAUCUUAACAGCAAGGAAUGCCGAUACAUUAUAUUUUCAUUUUUCA